AUGAGUUCACCAGAUUCAUCAUCGAAUUUACCAGCGGCAACAACAUCGACAAUUACAGCUCAACGUCGUCUUAUGCGUGAUUUACGUGAUUUAACACAGCAUCCAGUUGAAGGAAUAAAUGCAGCACCCAUUAGUUCAGAUAAUAUAUUCUAUUGGAACGCGAUAUUAGAUGGACCAGAAGAUAGUAUUUUUGAAGAUGGAAGUUUUGCUUUAUCACUGAAGUUUCCGCAAGAUUAUCCAAAUUGUGCACCUGAAGUUAAAUUUAUUACAAAAAUCUUUCAUCCAAAUAUUUAUAUGGAUGGAUCGAUUUGUCUUGAUAUAUUACAACAUCGUUGGAGUGCUAGUUUAGAUGUGUCAACAUUACUUGUUUCUAUUCGUUCAUUGUUAACCGAUCCUAAUCCAGCAUCACCAGCUAAUUCUGAAGCAGCUACGCUCUAUCAAAAUCAUCGUCGAGAUUAUGAACGACGAGUACGGGAAUAUAUUGAUCAACAGCUACUGGAAGAUGAUGAUAGUGAAGAAAAUUAUAAAGGAAAAUCUACAACAGAUAAAAAGAAUAAUGUUCCGACAACUUCAUCACCUUCUAGUGAUUGA